AAAUGUUUUCUCUAGACAAUUAAUUCUGACUGAAGGUUUUGGAAAACAAGGAUCACCAAGGUUUUGGAGCCAGUUGGUGGUGGUACAGUGCUUUUGUUCCAGACAAGUACAGGAGACUGAUUGGAUAAGAAGAAGACGAAAUGCAAACCCUGCUUUUGGCAACGCUCUUAUCUUUGCUGGCUGCAAUAACCUUUUGCUACGAUUCCCAUGAGAGUAUUGAAUCCAGGGAAGAAAUCUUUAUGAAUCCCUAUCAGGCCAACUCCUUCAUGAACAGAUACAACUAUCGGCAGAGGCUGUUGAAUGCCUACAAGAAACCUUUUGAACGUCAAAGGGAGAUAUGUGAAGAUUAUAGUCCUUGUGAAAACUUUGCUAGAUUCCGUGGUUACAACAGAGCCUACCAGCAUUUCUUUGGAAAGCCAGGCCAGACCACGAGGAACCGCUACUGAAAGAUAACACAUCAAGACCUACUCACACAGACAGCAUAGUUAACAAUGGUGACAGACCACAGCUCUACUAAAACAUGCCAUGCUUGGGACGUUCCUAGUCAAUGUCUGUAAGUGUAGCUGCCUAUACAGUAAAUACCAAGAGCACUAAAUAAUUGAGUAAGUGUAUAGCUUUAAAAUGGAAAUCAUAAUGUACAUUCAUGUAUCAAUAUGUAUGUUGUGCACACAUUAAUAAAUGCUUUUGUCAUGUUUGGAAAAUAAACACAUUGCAAAAUUGUUUCAAAAUUUGUUCCAAAAUAUGUGCCACUUUUUAAGUGUCUGUCCUGCAACAAAGGAACAACUAAAAAAUGCCAGCAAUGUGGUUAACAUGUUUUGAAAAACAAGUGUGAAAAUUUGGAAAAUCAUUUAAAGGAAGUAAGUCUAUUCAGCUAUCAACAAGCAAGAAAAUUAUAAAUGUAAUGUGUGCAUAGUAAUUUCUGAUUGACUAUAAUAAACUGUAACUCUAGUAUUUAGUCUCAUAAUACCAAAACAACUUUGGAUAAUUAAAUCCUCUCAGAAUAACGUU